AUGGCAAUUCAGAAUAGCACCGAUGAAAAUCAAAAUGAAAAUCAAAUUGAAAAUCUUCAACAAUUAGAUUCUGAAAAUGAAAAUGUUAAGGAUCAUCGUAAAUGUGAAUUAAAGUUUAAAGAACAAGAAGAUUUGAUAGACUCAUUAAAAUCUCGUAUUUUACGAUUGGAAGAAUCUAUUGUUGUUCGAAAUCAAGAAAUUGAUGAUUUUAUUAAAACUAUUAAUGAAGAAAUCAAACGACUUACUGGAACGAUCUAUAAACUGGAAAAUAACCGUGAAGAUACAAAUAACGUCGAUUAUAAGUGUCUCGUAACGGGUUCAGAUCUCAAGGAUUUGAAUGCCGCCAAAGAAAAUUAUAGUAAAGGUUCCUUUUACCAUAGGCCAACAGAAACAGCCUCCAUUUCGAAAGAUCAAGAUCCCCCCACCUUUACAAUUACGAUGAACGACAUUAUUAAAAGAUAUUUUGCAAAAGUUAAAGAAUCAAAACAAAAGAAAAAUAUUGUACAUGAAUCCUCAGAAGUAGUUCCUACUUCUUCAGUCGAUACUUCAUUAAAAAGUUCCUUUGCUGUUACCCAAAGUGAAGGUGUAAUUGAAAAUUUGAAAAGUUUGAAGAAAGGUGAAAAAGUCAAGUAUGCGAAUGAUGCAAAAGAUGAAAUUCACACACAAAUUAAACAAAUUAUUACGCAAAAAGAAGCCAUUGGAAAUAAAAUUAGAUUAAAACACAUUCAAUCACUUGAAGAUUCUUUUACACGUGAUGAAUUAAUUCAAUAUUCAAAAACAAAUUAUUAUCAUUCUUUAAAUGAUAACAUCAAGCGAUUGUUCAAACAACUUCUUACUCAGGUUUUGGCAUCGGCAACUCAUGAUUCCACAAAAUCUUCAAAAUUCGAACAAAUUCAUACACGAAUUCAAAAUAUUAUUACGCAAAAAGAAGUCAUUGAUAGUAAAAUUAAGUUAAAACAUAUUAGACCUUUCAAAGAUUCCUUUACACGUGAUGAACUAAUUCGAUAUACAAAAACAACAAAUUUUAAUUCACUUAAUGAUAGAACCAAAAGAUUAUUCGUACUCUUUAUUCAAGAAUUAUCAUCGACUUCUACAAAUGAGAUUGAUGCUAUCAAAUUGGAAAAUCUUCACAAAAAGAUUAUUACAAUAGCAGAGACUAGGGGUAAAACGAUUAGUAAAGAUCAUCUCGAUUUUCUAAAAAAUCCCUCCGUCUUUAACUAUUUAAUUCAUUAUACAAAAACUCAUCAUUUCGAUUCUUUAAGUGAUCUAAUUAAAAGUUUCAUUGAUUCCAUCAUUUAUGACGGAUUAAAAAAAGAAUUCAAUCGGGAAAAAAUAACGCUUUCACAAAAUUUAGAAGAAUACAUUAAAAGAGGUUUAAUACCACAAUUACCAACAGGUUACCAUAAUUAUGCCGAGUAUGAAAGGACAAGCAUGUUCUUUUGCUUAUCUAGGAAACAAAAAUCGAGAGUUAGAAAGUUGGUUGUGUUGGAAAAUAAAAUGGGCAAAAUAAUUUAG